AUGAUGUACAUUGAUUUUGCAAAUGGACUAGCCAAGGAUUUAUGCUUCAUGGCCAUCUAUGUACUGCGGGCGGAAUCGCCAAAAAAGGUGGAGAAAAGUGAUAUAGAAAAUGAGCGGACCAAUCUAUUGACAAUAACAAGAAUUGUGUUGCGGGCGUUCUUGGAACAAACUAUGGCUGACAACAAUCGAAUACUUGAAUGUGACACACAACAAAUCAGUGACUUACUAAUGAUGCUUGAAAAAGUACUUUGGCAUGGAUUCAAGGCUCCAGGGCAGAAAUCUUUGAUUGUUAUGAAAAGCCCUGAUGCUGAAAUGUGGGCUACAAUCGUUAAAAUAGCAAGGACAGAUGCAGCUAUGCUAGAGACUGCUACUUGUGUCGAUCAGAUCGAAUCCCUUUUGACACCCAUAGCUCGAUUGCGAGCGUUCCUUCGUCUUGCCAUGAUGCAAAAAAAGAUUUUUGAUUUCUUUACUGUCAUAUCUAACUCUCCACUUCUGAAAGUUUUCUACGAGGACUGGGCACUGUUGCGGCAAGAAGAAAUUGUGCAGCUUACUGGGGCUCUACUUGGUUUAUCUGUGGUAGACUGCAAUCUUGUACUAGAACACGACCAUCUACAGGAACAGCCCCUCAGUGUCGACUUAUCCCUGUAUAUACGCACUCCCACGAUACCAACUGAAGGAGAAGAUAUGGCUACCGCAAAUGGAACUGCUAGUCAGAGCAAAGAGAAGAAAAUGCUUUUGGAUCAAAACAAUUAUCUGGAAGAGAGAAAUAGACAACUGCAGUGUAAUGUGGAUAAUCUCAAGAAAAAGCUCAGUGCUCUGGAAAAUGAACAUGAAACGAAAGCUGUCACCAUGGAGAAAGAGAUAGUAGAAAGGGAGGACUCCCUAAGAAUCGUUCAACAGCAGCUCAUUGAUACGAAGAAGAUCAAUACUGACUUAUAUGAUAAACUGAAGCUAGCUGAUGAGAAAUGGCGGAAGUUGGAGAGGGACCUAUCGAAGAUUCGGGAACAGUACAUGGAGGAGAGUGAAUCUCUGAAGAAGACCAUCUCAAAGCUAGAAAUGUCAAAUGCCGUUCUGCAGGAGAAUGUCAAGAAAAGGAAUGAAAAUGACCAAGCAAUACGAGCUGAACUUGAGAAGAAAUAUGGUCAACACACAGAACUGGUUGGAACCCUGCAGGAGAAGCAAAAUGCUCUAGCCCAAGCUGAAAGUGAACUGUUAGUGUUGCGACGGAAAGUUGAUUCACUGGAGAAGGAAUUGAAGGAAAUGCCAUUUUUGAAAGAAGAAAUGCGGGAACUAUCUGAGAAGUAUGCAUCUGUCGCUGAACGUGCUGAGCAAUCGGAGCGAGCCCUAGAGGAGCUGGGAGGUCACUUGAGCGAGUCGAAGCUCCGUAUGUUGGAACUUGCAGAGGAAUUGUUACCACUUUCUGAUGCUCAUUGGGCAAAUGACUCUGAUGUCACGCAAUGUAGCGCAUGCUCAGAGAAGUUCUCGAUAUCGAAACGCAAACAUCACUGCCGGAUGUGUGGUUCGAUAUUUUGUGCGUCCUGUAGUGAAGGAAGGAUAAAACUGCCGUCAAACUCGAAACCAGCCAGAGUCUGUGACCAAUGCUUUACGCUACUGAAAAAUCGACAUUCGGGAAAUGUGUAA